UGAGCGGCAACUAUGCGCCAGCGGCUGAUGAGUAGCGCGUGCUAAUCGCUUAAAAUAUGUUCAAUUAAUUAGAAGAAAAUAUUAACUCAAUUAACGAACGGCAGCGUGCAGUUUUCGUGCGAGAUGAGUGUACUGAUAUUGCGCUUACAAGGCGGUGAAUAUGCUGCGGCAGCCAAACUUGAUUAGUCAGUGUUGGACGAACGGUGUGUACGGUACGCAGUAACAGUAAACGGAAAAAUAAAUUGCUGUAAAAAAACAGUCUAAAACUGAUAUUCCUCUACUGAAAGAAUCUCUAAAUUCCAUAGUGAAAUGUGCGCUGCAACGCACCACAAAUACCUGCUUGCGGCCCUGGUGCUCCUGGCCAGCCUUAGCGCCACGCUGCAGCAAAACAUCGCGCAAAACUACAGCAGCGGCGUCUUGCGGAUGGCCAAGGCGGCGCAAAUACGCGCCUACUUAGAUGCCGAGCGGUCAUCUUGCGAAGAUUUCUAUGAGUUUGCCUGUGGAAGAUGGCGAAAAUUGCAUGCGAGCAGCGCGUCAAAGCCGCGUUCCGCCUACUUGGAUCAGCUGCAGGAUCUGUAUGUGCGCAAGAGCGCCGAUAUGUUGCAGAAUGGACGCGAAACAGACAACACAGCCGAUCGCAAGUUGACGAAAUUUUUCGAAUCUUGUCGCAACGAGGUUGCAGUGCAGCGAUUGGGUUUGUUACCGAUUAUAGAGUUUGUGGAUUUUCGUGGCGGUUGGCCGGCGAUCAAAUUGCAAAGCUGGUAUGAAUAUGAAUAUGAUUGGCUAAAAGUGGUUGCUGAGUUACGACGUCGUUUAGGUGUAAACAUAUUGAUUGCCUUGGAUGUAGUGCCGGAUUUCGAGGAGAAUGAUAUGAAUCGUCUGAAACUUGGUGCACCACAACUGAAGCUGGGUGGGAAGCAACUUUAUUUGGAUAGCAGUUAUGACGAUGAACGCGAGGACUAUCGCGAUGAUAUUGCCGAAAAGUUGCACACAUAUUUUCCUGACAUAGGUGAGCGUUGGGCCAAAGAGGUGGCACAGCAAGUGCUCGAUAUUGAGCAAAAUUUAGCUAAAGGUCUGCCGGAUAAUUCGAAGCUCACACUGCCGCAGAUGACGCGCCAACGCUUCGUCAGCGAAUUGAAGUCCGCUUACGGCAAUUAUGUUGACCUAAAUCGUUACCUUACUAUUGUGGUGAAUCAAACGAUCUACUCUAAAGUCUAUGAGACACCUGACGAAUACUUCUCAAAUCUAGUUGAGGUCAUAAGAGACACACCUAAAUUGCAUAUAGCCAACUAUACAAUGUGGCGUGUGCUGGAGCAUCUGGACUUUGCCGGCGAGAUCAAUACGCCGAACAAUGAUAACUGGUGUGUGCGCAAGAUUAACUCAUUCCUACCCUCGCAAUUGCAGAACAUGUUCAAUCGCAACUACAACAACAUAUUGAUGGUGAAUGAAUUACAAUCGACUUGGGCCGAUAUCAAACGCACUUUCCAUGACGAACUUGGCACCGAGCUCGAGUGGCUUUCGGAUGGCACACGUCAGCAUGCCAUACAGAAAUUGGAGAAAAUACGUCUGCGCUUAAUUUCGCAUGAGGACGCCGAGUUGGCGGAUCAAUUGCGUGACAUUGACAUACAGCCAGGACAAUAUUUCAGCAAUUUGAUCAAUAUUUUGGAGUGGGAGGCACAGCAUAAACUGCAAUCAUUGUUUUCCAAGCCGAAAAGCGCACAGCCUGAGGCACGCUUGCCCAGCUACAAUCCACUGAACAAUAAUAUAGAAAUACCUAUUGUCUUUCUGCAAUCGCGUUUCUUCUGGGACGCCGAGUAUCCGCAUGCCUUACGUUACGGUACACUCGGUUAUCUGCUGGCACAUGAAAUGCUCCGUGGCUUUGACGCCGCUGGUCGUCGUUACGAUCAGCAGGGCUAUCAACGUUCGUGGUGGGAUGCGGCAUCAACUGAGGCUUACGAUGAUCGGGCCAAAUGGUUUGCCGAAAAUCACUAUAACAAUUUCAAAUAUCGCGGUCAGAAUAUGUUUAGCGCCAAAGCGGAAGCUCAGUCAAUUUUGGAAAGUGGCGCUGUGGCGAUUGCUCAACACGCUUACCAGGAUUGGUGGUCUAAUGUCGAGGACAGGGAAGAUGUGCUGAGUAAGGAGUCACUGCCACUGUUGGAAUAUACGCCACAGCAAUUGUUCUUCAUUGGAUUCGCUCAACUGUGGUGCGUCGAUUACCAUGACUCGGUAGAGAAAUUUGAGGCAACGCCGGAGCCACUGCGUGUGAACGGUGCAUUAGCCAAUCUGGUUGACUUUGCGCGUGAAUUUAAAUGCGAAAUGGGCAGCAAAAUGCAUUCACAGCGAAAGUGUGAACUAUUCUGAAGCACAGUUAAAUAUAAUGGACGGCUAUUUGAUAUAUAAAAAUAUUAUGUAUAUAUAUACUACUAAACUUUGUUUAGUAUUAUGCACUGUAUUAUAAUUAAUAAUCUACGAUAAUUGUCAGAAAAAUUGUUGAAUAAACAUUUGUUUCUACCAACUAAUAA